CGGGUUCGGGUCCGUGUCGCGCUCGGCGGGCGCGGGGAGCAGAGCGGCCCGGGGCGCGGCGGCUGCAGCGGGAGCUCCCUGAGCGCCCGCCCGCCAUGUCCAGGAAGAAGACCCCCAAGAGGAAGGGGGCCAGCGGGCCCGCUGCCUCCGCGCUGCCUGCGGCCGACGGGUCCCGGCCGGCGCGCCCAGGGACUGCACGCCCCGGCCCCCAGGCGCGGCCCAACGGACCCCCGCAGCCCGGCCGGCCCUCGCUUGGCGGCGGCGACUUCUACGACGUCGCCUUCAAGGUCAUGCUGGUGGGGGACUCAGGCGUGGGGAAGACCUGCUUACUCGUGCGCUUCAAGGACGGGGCUUUCCUGGCAGGGACCUUCAUCUCCACUGUGGGCAUCGACUUCCGGAACAAAGUUCUGGAUGUGGAUGGCAUGAAGGUGAAGCUGCAGAUCUGGGACACAGCUGGCCAGGAGCGGUUCCGGAGCGUCACCCACGCCUACUACCGCGAUGCUCAUGCACUGCUGCUGCUCUAUGAUGUCACCAACAAGGCCUCCUUUGACAAUAUCCAGGCCUGGCUGACGGAGAUCCAGGAUUACGCCCAACAGGACGUGGUGCUCAUGCUGCUGGGGAACAAGGUGGACUCUGCCCAGGAGCGUGUGGUGAAAAGGGAGGAUGGGGAGAAGUUGGCUAAGGAGUACGGGCUGCCCUUCAUGGAGACCAGCGCCAAGACAGGCCUCAACGUAGACUUGGCCUUCACAGCCGUAGCAAAGGAGUUGAAGCAGCGCUCCAUGAAGGUCCCCAGUGAGCCUCGCUUCCGGCUGCACGACUACAUCAAGAGGGAGGGCCGAGGGGCCUCCUGCUGCAGACCCUGAACCUGACUGGGCACUGCCCCUGCACAUCCUCUGGGAGGCCCCUGCAAGGCUGGACAGAGGGUCACCUGGCAGUCAACUCGAGGGCGGCUGUUUCUGGGACUCCCAGACAGAGCCUCGUCUUUCCCUAGAGCCUCAGUUCCAACAGGCUUCGCAGAGCCAGUGGGUCUGCAGCCCCUGACUCAGGGCCUUGCCCCCAAGGCCUUGAUGGAGAAGCAACGGCUUCCCGUACAGGAGACACCCCACAAUGUACAGCCCAUGCGGGGAGCCUGGUCUUGCUGCCACGGCACUCUGCUGCCCUCUCCUGGACGCGCCCAGCUUCAAGGCUGGACCCCGGUGCCAGCGCCACGUGUCCAGUGCCUAACCCCUCAAAAGCCAUGUCUUCAGCGGCACCCGCUGCCCAGGCAGGGAAAGGCCGGACUCCUGUCCGUGCCUGGGGCAGAGGGCUUCGCUGCACAUCCAAUCAUGCAUCUGUGCCCCAAGGACCAAAGCUGCCAGCCCACACACUCAGAGACUCUGGUUCAAACAUCAGCAGGGUCUUCCUCUCGUGUUGCCUGGAGGACGCCAAGUUUGCGGCUUUCUAAUACACGAACGGCAUGUGGGAAAUCAGAAACCGUCAGGGAAACUAGAUCUGCCAGCCCAGCUGAGGCCUGUGCAGAGUGAGGUCAAGCCAGGAGGCUGGCAGUGUGCUCCAGCUCAUAGGUCUUUAGCUUAAGAGUCUUUGUUUUCAGUCCUGGUGAAUAAAGUUGUGUUUUCUGGA